UCCCGCGCGAAACAUAGCGCGGAUAACAUUUUAGUUACGAUCAAAAGUUACGUUCGAAAGUUAUGAAAACUGUUUAACUGUAGCUGCCAAGUUUUGUUUUACACCAGCUGAAUAAAGAUCACAUCAAAAUGGGUGGAACAUCCAGGACUUGUCUUUUCUUCAUCACCAUGCACUUAAUUUACGCGGCGUCAUCGCAAGACAUCGAGAAGCGUGUACCCAAAGGUUUUCUGGGCAUGAGAGGCAAGAAAUACGACUCAGGCUCAACAGAACAGUUCUAUAAACGGAAACCACAGUUCUUCGUCGGUGUCAAAGGGAAGAAGAACUUCUUAGAGGCUUUAGAGAACUACGAGUAUAAACGAGCGCCAAUGGGCUUUGUUGGUAUGAGAGGGAAGAAGGAGUCGUACAUCCCUGACAUGUAUUACCCAGAUAGUUAUGAAUACGUUCCAAAGAGAGACGGCUCCCUGAUUGGUCAGAUCGACUACGCUUCCAGCGAUGAAAGAAAUAAACUUGACGAAAAUGAAUUCCCAAUUCUAAAUGAUGUCCUCACGCAAUAUUUACAGAAACUUGAACGGCCCGAACCUAUGACUGCAGCGACUAUCGACGAUGACUUAUCCAGCGAGAGGAUUACGAAUGAGGUGGACAAAAGGGCAGCCAACAUGCACCAGUUUUAUGGUGUGAGAGGAAAGAAGUCGGUGCAAGAGAAACGACCUUAUGAUUUGACGUUUCGCGGCAAAUUCAUUGGGGUACGCGGCAAAAAAGACGUUAAGACCAGUGGCGCGCAAGAAUUAAAGUUUUUACUGAACGGCCCGUGGCCCAAGAGGAAGGCGCAAAUGGGAUUCUUUGGGAUGCGAGGCAAAAAGUGGAUCGACGAAGCGAGCCCUGAAAUGGAAACGCCUAACUAAGUGUCUUCACUACAUUUGAAUAAUUAUGCAGUCUUCUUAAAUCCUGUUAAGAUAUCUACAUAUCCUUAUAACAUAAUGGAUUCCUUGCCAAUUUAAAUAUAAGUGGCUUAUUCUAACGUUGCAUCGUUGGAUAAGUUUUAUCUAGUCAGCAUACUGCGUAGGAGCAAAUUAAAUUACAAAUUUGUUAGGUUGCGAUCACAUGCACUGGCCAAUUAUUGCGGCAAAAAUACAGUUCGCCAAAACCAAAAUGUGAGAAACAAUAUAUAGCUGUCAAGACAUUUGCGCGGGAUCUUAAUUUCAACUGUUAAUGAAUUUAGUCAAUUAUAGAAAUAUGUUUAUCACUAAUAUGGUAAUUUCUGUCAUCUACUUCUCUGAAACUUGGUUCAAAGGAAAUUGUUGGUUUGCAUUUCUCACACGCACGUCAUUUAAAUAGAACAUGUAUUUAGUAAAUAUUCAUUACUAUAUCUAUAGUUAUAACAAUAUUUAAUGUUUUUAUUCUAUGUCAAAACUUUAAUAGUUUAGUCACAAAUGUGGUCGCAGCCUAAUAAGUGUUUAUUUUUAUAAUUUAAUCUAUGUUUCUUUUUACUAGAUUUUUCUAUUGUCUCUGUAUAAGCAAAUAAAAAAGUUUAUCUAGUUGUUAAAAAAAAGUCAGCGACUCGAGUAGGCGUUAAGUAGAUAGUUUUGAGAGUAAUUUUCAAAAAUGUUGGUUCUUACUUUUUGUAUUCAUAAAAUUGCUAUCUUGCAAAUUAUAUUUACUACAAAAAGAUAUA